CACAUCAAACAGAAAUAGGCAUGCCUUGAAUAAUGAACUUUAUAUGUGCCAUUCCCUUUUUGGAAUCACAAUGUGUUAUUAUUGCACUGUUCUUCUAUGUUAAUAAUGAGUGCUAGCACAGUCCUGACUAAGAGUGAUUGUAAAAAAUCUGCUGAAUCUGUGAUUGAUGUUAUGCUCUGCCUCCCUUACUUUGCAGGUCUGUAUAACUCUGUAGAUAGCUGGAUGAUCGUGCCCAAUAUCAAGCAGAAUCACUACACAGUCCACGGCCUGCAGAGUGGCACCCGUUACAUCUUUUUCGUCAAGGCUAUCAACCAGGCAGGCAGCAGAAACAGCGAACCUGCUCGACUCAAAACCAACAGUCAGCCUUUCAAACUGGACCCCAAAACAGCCCACAAGAAGCUGCGCCUUUCCAAUGACUGUCUGACCAUGGAGAAGGAUGAAAGCUCCCUGAAGAAGAGUCACACUCCAGAACGCUUCAGCGGAACUGGAUCCUACGGUGCUGCUGGCAACGUCUUCAUCGACAGUGGCUGCCAUUAUUGGGAGGUUUUACUGGGAGCCUCCACAUGGUAAGUGAUUUCA